UUCUUCUCAACCUAAGAUAUUAUGGAACUACCAGCUGAUCAAGAAAUCAUCACCACUACUAUGGAGGUUUCAGCUAUGGUGGCCAAAGACAAAGAAGAUAAAUCAGCAGCAGCUGAUGAUGAUAAAAUAAAUGACAAACUAUUCGAAGAUGUGAUGAAGAACAACUGGAAAGAUGUGAUCGAGACAUACAACAAAAGCUCUCAAGCUCAAAUGGCCAAGCUGACCAAGUCUGGAGACACUGCUCUACACAUAGCUGUUUCGAACGAAAAGACUGAGAUCGCUUUGAAACUGGUGGAGGCCAUCAAAGAAUCGGCUGUGCUAAUGAAACUGGCCAACGGCAAAGGCAACAGUCCUUUGCAUUUGGCUGCCAUGCUCGGAAACUUGGAGGUUUGUAAGAGUUUAACAUCGAAAAAUAAAUGUCCUCUUUUAACUGUUAGGAACAAGAGUGGAGAGACUCCAAUCUUUUUGGCAGUUCUUCAUGGAAAACGAAGUGUGUUCUUUUAUUACCUAAACUCUAAGAUUAAUGAGGAAUUUUUAAGAAGGAAAAAUGGGGAUAACAUUCUUCAUGUUGCCAUUUCUGGUGAAUAUUUUGAUAUGGCAAUGGCGAUAAUUGAAAAUUACAAAACCCUAAUUAACUUUGUUAAUGAGGAUGGUCUUUCUCCAUUGCAUGUUUUGGCCAAUAAGCCAAAUGCAUUCAAAAGCAGCACUUGCCUUGGACUGUUCGACCGGAUAAUAUACUACUGUUUGGUAGUUAUGGAAUAUGAUGAUGGGAACAUGUCCAAAGAAAAAGUGAAGAUAGAUAAAAGAGCUAAGCAUCACAGUGAAGAGAAUAACAAUGGCGACCAAAGUUAUCCUGAAAACUAUAGAACGUGCAUGGACUUUGUAAACAUUAUGCGCAGAAUUUUCAAUGCAGUAACUGCCAAUGAGAAAAAAGAUGAGGACAAGAAAGAUGAAGAAAAUCCUGAAGAGAACAGCAUAAGCUGUGAACAAGCCACAGGAAAAGGAAAAGAGGAAAAUGAUAGAAAAGCUGGGGAAAAUAGUUCCAAUAGUCAAAAGAGUCCACAAGCACAAGGUGAUGAGAAAGAAAGAAGACAAAGAAGUAUACACAAACAUUUCUUUCCUCCCAAUUAUGAUACAAUUUUACUGUUAUUUAAGCUUGCGAUGAAAUUGCUUCUCAUUGUUCUCGGACUGGGGAUUUGGAGGAUAAAUGAAGUCCAAAGAAAGAAAGAGCUACACGUAAGAGCUAAGCUUGUGAUGGAAAAAUUGGUUGAAAAUAGCAUAGCCUACAAGCACUAUGGCAACACCGGAUCAAAUCCCGGACAAGACAACACUGCACUUGAUCUUAACACAGUCAUGGGUCAAGAUUCCACAGAAGAUAAUAAAAAUGUACCUAGGCGUAAGAAAGGGAGAGGUGGUAAGAACAAAAAGAAGAAAGAUCUUACGGCACUACUGACUGCUGCUAAGACCGGAGCAACUGAGAUGGUAGAGAAGAUCUUGGAUAAGUUUCCAGUGGCUAUUCAAGAUGUGGAUUCUGAACAAAAGAACAUUCUUCUUUUGGCCAUUGAGAGUAGACAACCUCAAGUUUACAAACUCCUUUUGAAAAGGCCAAGCAUCCACAAAGAAAGUGUGUUUCGCCACAUCGAUCAUCUCGGGAAUAGCGCACUUCACUUGGCUGCCACGCAAUGUGGGCAGUAUCGCCCUUGGCUUAUUCCAGGUAGUGCUCUCCAAAUGCAAUGGGAAAUUAAGUGGUUUGAGUUUGUGAAGAACAGCAUGCCACCAAACUUUUUUCCUCACUACAACAAGAAAAACCAGACCCCAAAUGAAGUAUUUGUCACCACACACAAAGACCUCAUCAAAGAUGGCAGUGAGUGGCUGACCAAAACCUCCGAGUCCUGCUCGGUCGUUGCGGCUCUUGUGGCCACAGUGGCAUUCGCAACGUCUGCGACUGUCCCUGGUGGAAUCAACGAGGAAAAGGGGGUUCCGAAUCUCGAAAGCCAGCCGGCUUUCAACGCCUUUGCCCUCACGUCAUUGGCCGCUCUUUGCUUCUCGGUGACCGCGCUCGUGUUCUUCCUUUCGAUACUCACAUCAAGGUACCAAGAGAAGGAUUUCGCCUUGGACUUGCCUCGGAAGCUUCUGUUGGGGUUGACAUCGCUCUUUGCAUCAAUAGCGUCGAUGUUAGUGUCGUUUUGUGCUGGGCAUAUCUUUGUCCUCAAUAAGCAACUCAGAUACGUAGCAUAUCCUUUAUACGCAGCUUUGUGCUUUCCGAUUACCUUUUUCGCCUUUGCUCAACUGUCUCUCUACUUUGAUCUUAUGUUGGCCAUCUUUAAACGAGUGCCUCAGCGUAGCUAUGAAGUUCUACCCCACUAGCUAGGUCCACAGAAACCUUAUGUCAACAAUUAGUUUCAUUGUUUCAUCUUUGGAGUUUGUUAUAUGGUUGUUUGAAAUUGAUAUAAUUCGUUCUUCAUGACAUGAACAAGAUU